UGUCCUGCAGUUCACGGAACACAGAGACACUCAGUGCCCCAGCUGCACGUACAGCAGGCCGCCGGUCUCACACAGACAUGUUCUCGUGUUUAUGAAUACAACAGAUCGCAAUAAGGAAUAUUUUCUCUUUUCGCCUCCAUUCGAGACAAUUCGGCUAUGAUGAUGAACUAUUUACUGUGAGAAUCUGUUGGAUUAUUGGACUGUUUUGGACUGUUUACUGGUCGCGCUCCAUGAUUCUCUUUAAUUCAGGGCUCCUGCGAGUCAGAAAUGGUUGCUCGAGCAUUGAGCAUUUUCCAUCAUGUCGUCCAUGCCCCUUUCCUCCACCCAGUGACCCAGGAGAGGACCUUCGCUGCAUCACCACCACUUUCCAGUAUCUACAGACUUCAGGCUGGUACUGGCGUUCCAUCUCAGCGAGUGAGGCCCGGGAAGCUCUCCUUCAGCAGCCUGAAGGCACGUUUCUGGUACGGGACAGUAGUCAUCCUCAGUACAUGCUGGCCCUGUCAGUGAAGACCCGCUGUGGACCCACCAGCAUACGCAUAAACUACAACAGGGGCUCCUUUUGGUUGGACUCCAUUUCCCCCAGCCUGCCUCACCUGCAGUCCUUCCCAGAUGUUAUUAGCCUCAUACAGCACUACAAGGCCUCAGGCCACGCGCCACAGGGCCAGGUGUCUGAUGACAUCCAUCCCCAGACAACGGCUGACCCUGCCAAGCACGAGGCCAACGACAGCGUAGUGCCUCUAAAGCUGGCGCACCCCCUGCACAAAGCAGAGGCCUUCCCUUCUUUGCAGCACGUAACGCGCCUCACCAUCAACAGACACGCAAACUGCCCCGACCAGCUGCCACUCCCAAAGCCUCUGCUGCGCUACCUGCAAGACUACCCUUUCCACAUAUGAGGGUCUCUGUCCCUUGGGGCUGGACACAGAGACAGGAACGUGGGUGAGUGUCACACUCGAUGACCACACACUGUGAAUGUGGGACAGUUUGACACCCCAGGCAACAGCUAAUGUCCCACAGGGAUCAUAUUGAAAAUAAUGAGCUGAGUCUUAUUACACUGAUACUGCUGAAUAAUACUUGUAUUAUUAUUUUCCUAUGUCAAUCUGUAUAUUUAAUUCAUUUCUACCAUGUAUCAAUAUGCAAGUUAUUUUUCUUUAUUUGUGCCAGUUCCCAGAAAUUAGAAUAUAGUUAUAUAGGUUUCACAUUGUGUGGGACCUGAGGUUUGCCAAGAUUGCCAAACAAAGCAAUGUUUUUUCACUCUUCAUGAAAUCAAUUAAACUGAUUAGCCAUAAGCCAACAGUGGUACACAGGGCACAAUUAAAGUCUGCACACUGCUGGCCUCAAAAUAAAGUGUAUUUCUCAUUUUAAGACAAUGUAUCGUUCUGUAAGAUCUUCCUCGGGCAAUAUUCUCAUGUAACACUUUUGGGCACCAUUACAAUCAUCAAAAAAUCUCUUAAACAUGUCUUUUUUACCCUUUAUGUGUUGAUACUGUCCUGUUACAGCAUGUGUUUUUAUCAUUAUUUAGUUUGGAGGUAAAUUAAAUGUUUGUGUCACUGUUAUGAUUCCUUCUGCAUGUCUGUAUUGUAUUGGGCAAGCUGAAAUCUAAUAUAAUUAAGAUUCAGACAGUUAAGAAUACAUUGAUAAGAUAAGUUGUUACAAAUUGUAUGAGGUCAUGCUGACUCGACUUGACAUGCAGAUUGAAAGGCCAGAGCUGGGCAAUUUAAAAAGACAUCAAACACAGGCAAGAAAAUGUCUUACAAAAUCAUUACCAGCAUAAACAUCAAAGGCUGUGAAGAAAAUCUGUUGUUGGCUAUUUAAGGAAAUCUGUUUAUAAACUGGUUUUAUUCUCAGAAGAUGAUGAAACGCCUGUAAAUUUGAAAAUAAACGUCAGAAAUGUU